CGUAGCAUAGUUUCAAAACAAACAGAAAGACGUACGCAGUUUCCCUAAGUGACGAUGAAGAAUGUCAUUCCGUGAAAACGUUGGCGCUUUAAAACUCUGGAACAGAGAGCUUGACCGCUUCAAAUCAACAGCGGAAGUGUUCGACAAAUAUCCACAUUUACAGGAAAAUGCAGAAGCAUUUCGCUCCAAGCCAGUUGUUGAUGUUGAUCCAAAGCGCCUUCUGUAUGUCCAGCAGAGAGAGUUUGCAGCAACAACACCAGCAGACAACUGUGUUUCGGUCAUUGGAUCGGAAGAUGCUACCACCUGCCACUUGGUUGUGCUGCGACACACUGGUAGUGGAGCCGUCUGCCUCGCUCACUGCGAUGGCUUCAACACCUGGAGUGAGGUCCAGCUCAUUAUAAAAGCUGUCACAUCACUGAGUAACGUCUGUAAUGAAGGAAGGUUUGAGCUGCAUCUUGUUGGAGGGUUUAAUGAUGAUGCAAAAACAUCUCAUAAGCUCAGCCUUAACAUAAUGGCAGCAUUUCAGAAACAGAAGGAGGAUAUUCACCUGGAGACAUGCUGCAUCACAGAGAUGAACAAUGUAGUUGAUAAGGGAAUCCAUAGACCGAUAGUGUAUGGAAUAGGUGUAAAUGUUAAAACAGGGGAAGUGUUCCCUGCCUCAUUCCCUCAUAAAGGACCUGCAGAGGAGUUGCGGUCAGCACGGACCUUUGCUGGCGGAGAGAUGAUCAAUAUUUAUGACUCGAGUAGUGGACUUGUUAAAAUUGGACCAUGCCAGUGGGCUCCUGAUCUGAAUAUUGCCUUCUGGUUGUCACAAAGCGAUGCCACAAUUUUAAAGUACCUGUCCACGUCUCCGAUGGCUGAACCGCCGCACUUUGUCCAGCACAUGAAGUCCACCAUCGAGUUCCUUUUGUCACAUCCAAACUCUGACAGCCUGUUCCCAGGGGGUCAGCCGCAGCUCUACCAGCGGACAGAGAGCGGUACCUGGGAGAGACUUGUCCAGUCAUAAGAGGCCUGUUCCUUUCUCCAACUGAACCUUUAAAUGGGGUCUGAGUGAUUUUGCUGCUUCUCGGCUCAUUUGAAACACUGUGACCCUCUUUACCAUACAUACAAAGUAUUUUAUCAUGGGUCCUGCCCCUGACCGCUCAUCAUAUUGGGUUUUUUCAUUUCCAUUCAGCCUGUCUGAAUCCAGCCAGUUUUGCAAAUCUAGAGACUAAAAUGUUUGCAUUUUCUUUGCAGGACAGCUCAAUCUCACUCAGACUGGAUGGAGAGUUUUUGUGAACAUAAUUUUUCAAGUCUGCAGAUUCUUUUAGAUUAGUGUCUGGACUUUGACUGGGCCAUUCUAACACACUCAUAUGUUCUGAUCUAAAGCAAUACACAACCAAACACACAUCUAAACCACACAACUUAUUUAAAUGGUUAAAUUGCUCCCUUAGCACCUCAGGUUAUGGAGGACCCCUGGUUAUGAACAAGCAUUUCAUUCAGUUGUGUUGAACCUGGAAAAACCUUGAACUAGCAGGAUAGCAGACUUUGAGGACUUACUUUGCACACCACUGGUUUAGGUGGAUAGUCAUGUCUCGACACGUUUACACUUAUACUAUAAUCCAACCCUCCUUUAAACGUCUUCACAACCUCCUCCAUGACCCGUUUGCUGUUCCUCGGUCUUCAUGAUGCUGUUUGUUCACUAUUGUUCUCUAAGAAACCUCUGAGGCCUUCACAGAACAGCUGAAUUUAUGCUCACAGGACCCUAUUUGUUGUUUAGGUGACUUGUGAAGGUGUUUGGUCACUCUGGAUUUUAUUUAGGGGCAUCAGAUAAUAAGUGGCUGUAAAAAAACUGUAUGACACACUUUUCAGAUUUUUAUUGGUUAAAAAAUGUACUAUUUUUCUUUUCCUUCCAGGUCAGAGUUUAACAUUACUUUAUGUUGUUGUGUCUGCCUAAAUUAAUUUGCAAGACACAGUACAUUAGCUCUCCAGGCUCAUCUGAUAACACGAUGUAUCAUGUAUGCAGAUCCACUGUUGUCUUGUACAUGGGUUGAUAUCCAGUGUUGACCAGUUUCAGACUCCAGUCCAAUAGGAGGCGACAUUAGGCAGAUGUUUACACUCCUCUUUUUGAAGUUUUGAGGUAUUUUUCACCACUACUUUGAUGAAUGCUGUGGUCUCUGAGUGAUAAAUAGCACCUUUCACACUAAACAAGCGCCCUUACUGAUUUUCGUUUUUAACUCCUGAUGAUGAAUACACAGAUGAUUCUUGGUCUGCUGUGUUGGUGCCACGUUUUCACGGAGCAUGUUUUGUUGGUGUGAACCAUCACCUGCAGAAGAACCUAACUGAGCCUCUUAAAGGGGUAUGAAGGAAUAAAUAUACCUGACUCUUUCAUAGUUAUAAAUGUCCCCUAGGAUGGUAACACAUUGGCACCUUACAUUAUCCGCUGUGUUGCAUAAAAUAGAGGUUUAUAUUGUUGUUUUUAUGUUUUUUAUUUUUACUUUAAAUGUGAGAUACAUGUUUUCCAUACUGGUUUCCUGACCUGUCUACUAUUAGUAUUUAAACAACAACUGGUUACACUUGUUCAAAUGGUAGUUUUGAUGUAUAUUUGCACAGUGUGAAAUUAACUAUUUCAGCUGCCAAACAUCAGAUCUUGAAGAAACAGAUAUAAUACACUGGAUUUCUCAAAAGAACCAAGAUAUUACCACAAGCAGUACUGUACAGUAAGGUCAUGGAAGGAACAUCCUUUGAUAAAGCCAGCUAUUGAACUUCUAUUUAAUACGAGAGGUGACUGUGGCUCAGCGAGAAGAGUGGUUGACUUGCAAUGCGCUUCCUCCUGCCACCUCAGAUUGCCCACUUUAUUGGUAUGGGUGUGUGUGGGUCUGGGUGAAUGUGGCUCUAGUGUAACCGUGCUUUGAGUGGUCAGUAUGAUUGGAAAGGCGCCAUACAAGUUCAGUCCAUUUAAGUCAAUUUAAACAAUUCUUUGUCUAUGAAUCCAAAACAAACAUCUGUACUGUUGUAAAAUGCACAAAUUUUACAAAUAAUUACAAGUGGUCAGUUUGUUGUAAUAACAAUGCAGAUUUAAAAUAUUUUGUUGUUUCAAAAUGAUAUUUUUCUGUUGAAUUGUACCUUUCAAAAUAGCAUUGUCUAUUAUGGUUGAUCAUGUGCUAUGGAUUCUGCAGUACACUUGGCUAUGAAAAUGUUCAUGUCCAUCAAAAUUUUCUGUAAGGAAUGAUAGGAAUUAUGGUGGAAGGCAUUAAAAAAACUAACUAUA